AGGCUGCAGGACGUUCAUGCCGCGUCCAUCCACCAGCUGCCUGCGGACGCUAUCGAAACACACAUCUGGCUGUACGCUUCAUCCUUUGGAGACAGCGCGCGAAGACAAGCAAGCAUUUACGUCAGACGUCCUAUAAUGCGAUCCACUCCACGUCACCCAUGGAGAGAACAUUGCACAUUCGAGAACUUAUAAAGCUUCCGUUGUCGACAUGCUCAUGCUCUCCAAGUUCAAUCUGAAUACCUCCUACACACCACCAUGAGUAGCUCAACAACUGCCGCAGGCAAAGUCCUCAUCAUCCUCUCCGACGCCGAUUCGUUCCCCGUCAAGAAGAAAGACGGAAGUAUCCAGCAGGAAGAGUCGGGAGUCUUUCUCCAGGAGCUCACAAAGCCACUCUUGCGGCUCCUAGACAGCGAGUACUCGGUGACCUUCGCCUCGCCACAAGGCAAGGGCCCGAACAUCGACCCGCUCUCGCAGAGUACAUUUGGCGCGUACCUUGGCAACUGGUUCGCCAAGAACCGCGACGAGAAGCUCGUGGAUCGCAUGCGGCAAGAGAACAAUUUUGACAGCCCGCGUCCGUUCAACACGAUCUCAGAUGAGGAGCUCGCGACAUUCGCGGGCGUGUUCAUCCCCGGCGGGCACGCGCCCCUCUCGGACCUCGGCGAUAACCCAGAUCUGGGCAGAAUUCUCUGGCACUUCCAUAAUGCGGCCAAACCAACGGCAUCGCUCUGUCAUGGCCCAUUUGCGUUCCUGAGCACGAAGCAUGCCCCCGGCGCACCAGGCUUCGCGUACAAGGGCUACCAGAUCACAUCGUGGUCGGAUAGCGAGGAGAGCGUCAUCGAGACGCUCAAGAGUGGCGAGGUGCCCACCAAGGUCGAGAGCACGCUCGCCGCAGAGGGCGCAGAGAUGAUCAGCACAGUGAGCAAGAAGGCGGGCCAGAUCACCGUCGACCGUGAGAUUGUCUCUGGUGCAAACCCCAUGGCGGCUGCAAGUCUCGGCGACAAGUUCCUCGAGAUGUUGCAGGCGAGGGGGACGUCCUGAGUGUAAAGGAGCCUACUCAGACUGCAGAUUAACAUGUCGGGCGAAGUUCCCCUAGUAACCUUACGAUAAUGUUCACAGUGCUGUACCAGCUCGGCGAGUAAUUACAUUAAUGUACUUGUAGUAUGCUGUUGAGCAAACACUUUUCAAGCUU